AUGUGUUUCUGGGGCGAGGCAAUGGGGCCGUUUGUGCUUCUAUUUGUGUACGGCACUCUUCAACGCGGAGAGAACAAUUACGCGUGGUGGAUGGCGGACCCAAAACACGCCACUUUUGUGGCGACAGCACGCACUGUGAAACGGUAUCCGCUGUUUGUGAAACUUUUGCCUGGUUCCGACGGGUGCUCGCCCUGCCUACUCAACCAACCAGCUGCGGGAGAUGUUGGCGAUGUUAGCAACUGCAAUGAGCGGAACAAUGAUGCUGGCGGUGUGACGCCUCAGUUUGUGGUGGGGGAGUUGUUUCUGGUGACACCAACAUUGAAGAGCUGCCUUGACGUCAUUGAGGAUGUCGAGGAGGGCGUGUACACCGUCGGCGAGAUCGAUGUUCUCCCCCUGGACAACGAGCAGGUGGUGGAGAGGACACUUCAUGUGGGCAAGGGGGAGGCGGUGAGGGCGCUCGUGUACUUUCGGACGAAGAACUACCCGCCUGACUGGAACUGCCCAAGUGCGGCGAACAGCACAUGUCUCAUGCAGCGUUUUUCAGCGAUGGAGUGCCUACGUCUGUACGGCUCGCGUUUUGCCGGCUUUCCCGCCCACUUGCGUUACGCAGCGGAAUUACGAGACGGCCUUCAAAGACAUACCAGAUGGCCGUUUGAUGAUGUGUGCGGGGUGCCUCUCCGUCCUAAACCCAUCGUGCUUUUUAUUAUUGACGGCGUGGGUGACGCCACUUAUUCAGAGCUUGGUCAUCGCACACCGCUUGAGGUGGUUGCCGGUGUGCCUCCGCGGAGGUUUGAGGGUGAAGCCACGGCAAAAUCACAAUGCACUGCGGAUCGGUAUGCUUCUUCUGCCAUGAAUUUGGUUACGAAAAACGGGGUAAGUGGAUUAAUGGAUGUUUUUGAAUCGGGGGUGAGUUGUGGGAGCGACACGGCACACCUUGCUCUCCUUGGGUAUCCGCCGAAGCAGUACUACAGGGGGCGUGGGGCAUACGAGGCUCUCGGAGCGGGCUUGGCAUUGGAUGAUGCCGAUAUCGCCUUUAAGAGCAACUUUUCCGUCCUUAAUGAGUCCACGGGGAUCGUCACGCACCGCCGCUGUGACCGCGACUUCACUCAGGAAGGUCCGGUUUUAUGCGCGCACAUUGACGGGACGGUGAUUGCAGGCGAUGAUGCGGGUCUAUUCGAGUCGGUACACACACUGAGAGCCCAGUACGCCACGGAGCACCGUUGCGGCAUCGCCAUCACCGGGAAGGGGCUCUCAUGCUUCAUCACAGGCACGGAUCCACUGGCCGACAAUCGUCCACUGCUGCACUGCAGGCCCACUGUACCGCCCGAACACGCGGAGUACGAGGCAGCGCUCUACACGAGCCGCGUGGUGAACGCGGCAUCGAGAUGCAUUACGGAGCUGCUUCGUCACCACCCGAUCAAUGAGGCCCGGCGGAGGGAAGGGAAGGAGGCUGCCAACGUGGUUCUUCUGCGAGGGGCUGCGGACAAGGGAUGGGUACCACCAUUUGCCGUGCGUCACGGCCUUUUUGGCUUUAUUGUUGCCCCCACGUGCAUUAUUAAGGGCUUGGGAAUUUGUUGUGGUCUGAAAUCCGUGGGCGCUGCUGGAGCAACGGGCGAUUACCAAACAAACGUCAACGCAAAGGUGGACGCUGCUCUAAGUGAACUCGGUCUUGCUGGUGCUGUGGAUGGGGCCACGAGGGAAGAAGGGAUGGUCCGCAGCGUGUUUGCUGUCAUUCAUGUCAAGGGUGUCGACGACGCCGGCCACGACAGGAGUCUUGAGAAGAAACUCAUGAUGCUUCAGCGAUGUGGGGAGGCCCUCCAGAGGCUGUGGACAGCCCUUCCAGACGGCAGCACGGUGGCAGUACUCUCGGAUCAUUCCACACCCGUUUCUAUCGGUGAUCACAGCUGCGAGCCGGUUCCUGUAUCCGUGGCGACGAAGGGGUGCGGUUUUCAUGAUGAUGUGGAACAUUAUAGCGAGGUGGAGUGUGGAUAUGGGGCACUUGGACGGUUUCGUGGUGAGGAGCUGCUCGGCAUUGUGAAGCGUGCCCAUUACUGGUACCACUACCGUGCACCGCGCGAGAGUUCAUUGACGUCAGAGGGGUAA